AGAAGCCGGUGUGGAAAGUAGUCGUUGACCUGUCGCUGAGUCUGACACCACUCACAGCAGAGAGUGAGGAGGUUGUAGGUGGUCCCAUCUCCCUCCAGUUCACACAGCAACACCUCAUCGGGAGUCACACAAUGUCACCGGCUGAACUGAGGGUUGUGCUGCUGAUCCUGGGUUUUCUGGUCACAGACUCCACACUCGGUGAUCCGUGUGUAAACCACACCGUCCUGGAUCAGCCCUGGAGGAGCACGGAUUGUUCCCACACUGUGUGUACCGGUGGACAAUGGAUGAGUGAUAGAAAUCUUGCAGUGGGAUGGUACAGAUUUAACAGUUCCAGAGGAUGGAAGAUUCCUGAGUCGGUCAUUCCACAUUAUCGCUGCUCCGGGAAGUACUCAGGCUGGUUAAACGGUCCCCAUCCCAACGUGGGAGAGGGGGAGGUGACCAGGACCGUCUGCUUUACCUGGGAUGAAAAAAUCUGUUACUGGAAUUGGGGGAUCAAUGUGAAGAACUGCUCUGGUUACUUUGUGUAUCGGCUGAAGCCGGCACCCUGGUAUUACUGGAGUUACGCUGUGUACUGUACAGAUCCCCACUCGGACACAACUCAGGAACCCCAGGGAGCAGCAACGGGAGAACCUGGUCUGAGUUUGACCACCAGCCCAGAAGGAUCUACAAGCUCAGAAUCUCUGUCGGACACAACACAGGAACCUCAGGGAUUGGUGACCGGAGAGCCUGGUCCAGGGUUGACUACCAGCCCAGCAGGGUUUGUGAGCUCAGACCUGGAGACUUCAACACUGGAACAGUCUACAGGAUUGUCUACUGGAGAGCACACCAAGGAACUGUCCUCUGUCCCAGCAGGAGACGCAUCCUCAGAAUCUCUGUCGGACACAACACAGGAACCUCAGGGAUUGGUGACCGGAGAGCCUGGUCCAGGGUUGACUACCAGCCCAGCAGGGUUUGUGAGCUCAGACCUGGAGACUUCAACACUGGAACAGUCUACAGGAUUGUCUACUGGAGAGCACACCAAGGAACUGUCCUCUGUCCCAGCAGGAGACGCAUCCUCAGAAUCUCUGUCGGACACAACACAGGAACCUCAGGGAUUGGUGACCGGAGAGCCUGGUCCAGGGUUGACUACCAGCCCAGCAGGGUUUGUGAGCUCAGACCUGGAGACUUCAACACUGGAACAGUCUACAGGAUUGUCUACUGGAGAGCACACCAAGGAACUGUCCUCUGUCCCAGCAGGAGACGCAUCCUCAGAAUCUCUGUCGGACACAACACAGGAACCUCAGGGAUUGGUGACCGGAGAGCCUGGUCCAGGGUUGACUACCAGCCCAGCAGGGUUUGUGAGCUCAGACCUGGAGACUUCAAUACUGGAACAGUCUACAGGAUUGUCUACUGGAGAGCACACCAAGGAACUGUCCUCUGUCCCAGCAGGAGACGCAUCCUCAGAUUCCCAGUCAGACACAACUCGGGAACCCCAGGCGUCAACAACCGGAAAGCCUAGUCUGGAUUUGACCACCACCCCAGCAGAGUCUUCAAGCUCAGAAGCAGAUCCCCAAUCAGACACAACUCAGGAACCCCAGGGAUCAGCCACUGGAGACCCUGGUUCAGACCUGGAGGUUUCCACAAUGGAUCAGCCCGAUGGAUCAUCUACAGGACAACCCACCCCAUCACCAUCCUCUGUCUCAGUGGGAGAGACAUCCUCAGAUCCCCACUCGGACACAACUCAGAAACCCCAGGGAGCAGCAACGGGAGAACCUGGUCUGAGUUUGACCACCAGCCCAGAAGGAUCUACAAGCUCAGGAGAAGAGGAUGGGUGGAUUGACGUGCGGGUGACAUCGAGUGGAGACAUGAAUGAGGAAGAAGUGCGGGAAGCCAUUCGAAACAAGCUCCGGGAGAUGUUCGAUGAUCCGGAUCCUCAGAUCGAGCUUGUGCAAUGCACGUCGGAGCCUCCGGAGGAGUGAGGGAGUGAUCCGUCAAUGAGUGAAGGAGUCUGCAGUUCCAUCUCCCUGACACUUUACAGUAGUGGUCACCAACCUUUUUAGCCCAAGAUCCCCUACCUCGACCUUAGUGAAAGACAAGAUCUA